AUGGGCCACCGUGGGCCCUGGCUGUACACCUCUGUCCUCUGGGCUCUGGUGGCCAGCCUGCUCCUCCCUCCUGCCAUGACCCAGCAGCUGAGAGGGGCUGGGCUGGGCUUCAGCAACACCAACAACAAUGCAGGAGUCCCCGGGCCUGCAGGGGACAUGUCAGCUGAGUUUGGCCACCACCGCCACAGCCACAGGAGCCAUCAAAGUGAGGAGAAAGAGGAAGAAGUGGCCACUGAAAAUGCACAUCAUUUCCGGAGCCACAGAGACCCUGGGGAGGAGGAAGAGGAGGAGGCGGAGGAGGAAGAUAGCUCCAGGGAAUAUGGCCACCAAAUGCAAGGCCACAGAUACCAAGGCCAUGAAGAUGGAGAGGAGAAUGUGUCCCAGGAGGUCUUCACUGAGCAUGCCCGGCCGAUCACUCAGCACAGAAGCCAGAGCAAGGAAGAUUUGGGAGACUCCACUGAGCACAGAGACCACUUUCCCAGCCACAGGAGCUACAGCCACAAAGAUGAGGAGGACGAGGAGGACAUUGUCUCCAGUGAGCAUCACCGUCACAUCCCCAGGCAUGUCCACCAAGGCCAUGGAGGGGGAGAUGAUGAUGAUGAUGAAGGGGAGGGGGAGGAGGAGGUCUCCUCUGAGUAUAGGCACCAGGCCCACGGGCACCGAGGCCACAGGAAGGAAGAGGAUGAAGAAGAAUCAGAGGAACACCACCAGCACAGUCCUCAUGAUGGACACCAAGGCCAUGAAGAAGAUGAUGAUGAUGAUGAUGAUGACGAUGAUGAUGAUGAUGGUGGUGGUGAUGAAGAAGACUCUAUUGAGAAUGGACACCAGGCCCACAGGCACCAAGGCCACAAAAACGAUGAUGAUGAUGAUGAUGAUGAUGAUUCCACUGAGAACGGACACCAAGGCCACAGCAAGCACAGAGGCCAUGAAGAUGAUGACGACAUCUCAGAGGAACACCACCAUCAUGUCCCCAACCAUGGGCCCCAAGGCCACAGAGAUGAUGAUGAAGAUGAUGACGAUGAUAUGUCCACUGAACAUUGGCACCAGGCCCCCAGACACACCCAUCAUGGCCUCGGGGAUGAGAGAGAAGAGGCAGAGGAAGAGGUGCCACGUGAGUUGAGCCGCCACAUUGCAGGAAGCGAAGAGGAGGAGGAGGUCCCAGGGGAGGAUGACCCAGAAGGCCCACGUCAUCACCGCCACAGUGUCCCCAGGGACCAGGAUGAGAGCAUCUCUGCCGAGCUUGAUCCCGAGGCCCCCAGCCAUAGGCAACAAGACCACCAAGGUGAACGCACAGGGGCUGGGGCCAGCAGUCAUUUGCAAGAGGUUGAUUCAGAAGAGGAGGAGGGGAAGGAGGAAGACCACAGCUCUGAGGAGGAAGGUCAUGAAAGUGCAGAACAGCAGGCCCAAGGAGCCCGCCAUGGAAGCCUAGAUAGGGAUGCUGAGGAAGAUGAGGAGGAAGGUCAUGGUCUCCAUGUGAGCCGGGAAGACGAUGAAAAUGAAGAGGAGGAGGAGGAGGAGGAAGAAGAGCGGGCUGAGAUUAGGGCACCACUAAGCCAAUAUCAUAAGACAGAGAAAGAGGAAGAGGAAGAGGAGGAGGGCCUGGAGGAAGAUGAGCUCCCCUUCACCAUCAUCCCCAACCCCCUGGCUGGGAGGGAGGAGAUUGGAGGCGGCUCCAGUGAGGAGGAGAGCGGAGAGGACACAGGUCCCCAGGACAUGCAGGACUAUGGGAACUACCAGCCAGGAUCCCUGUGUGGCUACUGCUCCUUCUGCAACCGAUGCACUGAAUGUGAGAACUGUCACUGUGACGAGGAAAACAUGGGUGAACACUGUGACCAGUGCCAGCACUGCCAGUUCUGCUACCUCUGCCCACUGGUCUGCGAAACGGUCUGCACUCCGGGAAGCUACGUGGACUACUUCUCCUCUUCCUUGUAUCAAGUCCUGGCCGACAUGCUAGAAACGCCCGAGCACUGA